AUGGCCGCCAGCACUCUGCAGUCAGGCCAAGAGCCCCCCUCAGGUAUACAGGGCAAAGGUACACUAGACGAACCCUACGACCAAGGAAAUGCACCAGAGAACACCGCCGUACGAUCAAACCAAGAACCUCUGUCAGGCGUGCAAGGGAAAGGCACAGCGACAGAUCCAUACGAUCAAGGGAAUGCUGGAGAGAGCACCACAUCUUCGCAGCCGACGAAUGUCCCUGCGUCAAGCGCUUCGACGGCGGAGAAGACAGCCUCGACCAAACCUGCAGAGACACGAACCAAUCCAUUGAGUGCGCCAGCAAGACGCCGUGAAGAGAGGGAUGUGAGCCCCGGCACAAUGCCAGAUGGCUCCCACGCACAAACAAGUGGUGAUCGUGGAGAGAGCUACGAGCCCGCGAAGGGACUCCAUAGACUCAAGGGCAAGCUGGGUCUUGGAAAACACUAA